CUCUGUAUACAAACUAGACGUGUUGAAAAGGUGCAGUUUGUUUUCAAACAGGCGACCUAAACGAGAUCAUCAGUUGCUCUCUGCCUUUCAUCAUUAGAGCAAAGCGCAGCUGUGACAGAACAGUAAGGAGGCGAAGAGGGAGCCAGAGAGGGAGGAGCAGUCCGACGCCAGCAUGCCUCCCAAAUUCAAACGGCACCUGAAUGAUGAGGAGGUGACUGGGUCUGUCCGCAGUGAGAGGAGGAACCUGCUGGAGGAAGACUCUGACGAGGAAGAGGAUUUUUUCCUGAGGGGACCCACUGGACCCAGAUUUGGCCAAAAAAAUGACAAAAUCAGACAGGUGCAGUCUCAGGUCCAUGAGGUGAUAGAUGUGAUGCAGGAAAACAUCUCCAAGGUGAUCGAGAGAGGAGAGCGUCUCGAGGACCUUCAGGACAAAUCUGAGAGCCUAUCAGACAACGCGUCUGCAUUCAGCAGUCGGGCCAAACAGCUCCACAGGAGAAUGUGGUGGAAAGACAUGAAGAUGAAGGCUGUAGUUGCACUGGUGGUCAUUAUACUGCUUCUUAUCAUUAUCAUUCCUGUCAUCCUGAAGUAUAAGAGGCAGUAAGGAGGCCAGAGGUCGCCCGCCAGCCCCCCCCCC